AAAACUCCGCACAGAUCUCCAAUCACCACAUCCCUUCAACCUUCGUUCACCUCUUCCUCUUCCUUCAUCAGCCCAUCAUAACAGUAAUGGAAUCAUGGUAGGAAGUUCAGCUCUCCACCAACACCUCCUCUCACCACCAUACCUUCACAAAAACCAGAAUCCAUCACCAUGCCUAUUCUCCCUUCACCAAGUCAAAACCAUGGAAGACUUCAAACAAGCUCAUGCACGGUUCCUAAAGCUUGGCCUUGACCUCAUUCCUCGAUCUGCCGGAGAGCUCAUCUCGGCCUGUGCUCUGUCCGCUUGGGGCAGUCUCGACUAUGCUCUUGCAAUUUUCCUCGAUCUCAACGAACCCUGCACGUUUGACUUCAACGUCAUCAUCAGAGCUAAGGUCAACCAUGGUCAACCAAAAUCAGCUCUGCAACUAUUUAUAGAGAUGAUAGAAAGAUCUGUCAAUCCAGAUAACUUUACUUUUCCAUUUGUUCUCAAGGCUUGUGCUUUACUCUCUGACAUCAGAGGAGGAAUUCAGCUGCAUGGCCAUGCAAUUAAGCUUGGAUUUAAUGAUGAUGUGUUCAUACAUAACAGUUUGAUUUAUUUGUAUGGAAAAUGCAGCAAGAUUGAGCUCAGUUACAAAAUUUUUAAGCUGAUGGGAACAAGAAGAACAGUUGCUUCAUGGAGUUCUCUUCUCACAGCUUACAGUAGAAUGAGUUUCUGGGUUGAUUGUCUUCAUCUCUUUGCUAAACUAAGCUGGGAGAAACUGAAGCCUGAUGGAACUACCAUGGUCGCCGCUCUCUCCUCUUGCUCAAAUUUAGGCUGCUUCGAUCUCGGCCGAAGCAUACAUUGCUCACUUCUUAAAAAUUACCAAACCUUAAACAUAAUCAUACAGACUUCCCUGAUUGAUAUGUAUUUCAAAUGUGGACAACCUGAUAAAGGAAUGUUGAUUUUUGAUAAACUGCGUGAGAAAAAUUUAUGGACUUACAGUGCUGUAAUUUCAGGCUUAGCAAUGCAUGGUGAUUGUGAAAAGGCCUUGCAGGUGUUCUCAGACAUGGUAAAUCAAGGUCUUCAACCUGAUGAAGCUAUAUGUGUUAAUAUGCUCAGUGCAUGCAGUCAUGCAAUGAGAGUUGAAGAAGGGCUUAGAUUCUUCAACCAAAUGAGAUUUGAUUAUCAGAUAAAUCCUAAUGCUCAGCAUUAUGGAUGCAUGGUAGACCUGUUAAGCCGUGUCGGGAUGCUAAAUGAGGCCUAUGAGAUGAUUCAGAGCAUGCCAGUGGAGCCUACCGACGCAUCCUGGCGAAGCAUUCUGAAGGCCUGCCGGAUCAAUGGGCAUAUUGAAGUAGCAGAAAUUGUUUACAGAAAGUUGGAGAAGAUGGGUGCUGUUAAUGCUGGGGAUGUGAUUUUAUCAAAUAUGUAUGCAGAACUGCAGAGAUGGGUAGAAGCUGGUAAAAUUAGAGUGGAAAUGGUGAACCGAGGCCUGGUUCAGGUGGUUGGAUUUAGCCAGGUGGAGGUGAAAGGGAAGAUGCAUAGAUUUGUUUCAAAUGAUGAGUCAUUUUCUCAGAGUGCUGAAGUGAAGGAGAUGCUUUACCAGAUGGAUUUACAGCUGAGAUUUGAGGGAUAUGGGGCUGAUAAAUUGAAGAGUUUUGAAGGUCAGAGUCAGAGAAUUGCCAUUGCUUUUGCUUUGUUGAACACAAACUCAGGCUCUGCUAUAAGAAUCCUUACAAAUCUUAGAAUGUGUGGUGAGUGUCAUGAAUAUAUUGAAUUGAUAUCGAAGAUUUUUGAGAGGGAAAUUAUUGUGAGGGAUCGGCGCCGGUUUCAUCAUUUUAGAUUUGGAUGGUGUUCGUGUGGGAAUCGUUGGUGAAUUGAGGAAUAUAAUGAUAUCAAAAUGAAAAAAAAGGCAAGGAUAUUCUAAUUUAAUUUAACUAUGAUGAAUUUGUGUAAGGUUGGCUUAUGGAGGAGUUGGUAGAUAGUCUUCUCUUCAACUAGGAGACAGAGUUUGAAGCAUAUUCUAACCAUUGAUUUCUAACAUAUUUGU